CCGCGGCUCCCGGCAGUCGCUGGGGCUCGGCUGCUUCCGGAGACGUGUCUGAGGCGGGGGGAAGAUGGCGUCCGGGGCGGGUGCGGGCUCUGCCGGUCAGGGCGGCGACGCCGACGAGCUCUUCGACGUGAAGAACAGCUUCUACAUCGGGGCCUACCAGGCCGCCAUCAACGAGGCGCAGCGGGUCAAGCUGUCUAGUCCGGAGAAGGAAGUGGAGAGGGAUGUUUUCUUAUUCCGAGCCUACAUCGCCCAGAGAAAAUACGGUGUUGUCCUGGAUGAAAUUAAAGCCAGUGCUAGUCCUGAGCUCCAAGCAGUGAGGAUGUUUGCAGAAUAUCUUUCAAAUGAGAGUCAAAGUGAAUCUCAAAAAAGCGGAAUUGAGUGGGGGCAGGAUCUUUUCGUCUGGCUUAGUAACGAAACACUUCCAAAUUCUCACCAUUGGUCUUCACAGGGAUGGAAUCGUUGCCGAUUUGGACAAGAAAAUGGCAAAAAGUGUUGAUAUAGCUAAUACUACUUUCUUGCUGAUGGCUGCUUCCAUCUAUUUCCACGACAAAAAUCCCGAUGCAGCUUUGCGUACUCUCCAUCAAGGGGAGAGCUUGGAAUGCAUGGCCAUGAUGAUACAGAUUCUUCUGAAGCUUGACAGGCUCGAUCUGGCUCGCAAGGAACUUAAGAAAAUGCAGGAGCAAGAUGAGGAUGCGACUCUUACUCAGCUGGCAACUGCCUGGGUGAACCUGGCCAUAGGUGGUGAGAAGUUACAAGAUGCCUACUACAUCUUCCAAGAGAUGGCAGACAAAUGCUCCUCCACCCUCCUCCUACUUAACGGACAAGCAGCCUGCUAUAUGGCUCAGGGCAAGUGGGACGAUGCAGAGGGAGUACUUCAAGAGGCAUUGGACAAGGACAGUGGCCAUCCUGAGACCCUGAUUAACUUUGUUGUCCUGUCACAGCACUUGGGCAAACCGCCAGAGGUUACAAAUCGCUAUUUGUCACAGUUGAAGGAUGCGCAUAAAAAUCAUCCGUUCAUAAAGGAGUAUCAGGCAAAGGAGAAUGACUUUGACCGGCUAGCCAUGCAGUAUGCCCCCAGUGCAUGAGGAGAGGGGAACGAGGCUGCAGACCUGCUCUGUGGUACCUUGGGAACUGGGGUUGAUGUGCAAAGCCUCUCUGGUAACACGGAAAAAUGCCCUCUGCAAGUCAGUCUGGCUUAACUCACUGUGGCAGGGUCUUGCAAUCCAGCAAGCCGGUGCUAAACCUGUAUAUAACACGUAGCUACUUGAAUUUGGUAGCUGAAAAGCCUGCGUUCUGGCUUACCUGGGUCCUGAACUCUGUUUAAAAUACAGUGCGAGUCAAGACUAUUCAACACUGUACCUUAAACAUUCCUAAUAAAGCCUUUUCUGGA